AUGGUUUCUUCAAUUUCCGGCACUAGUCGCGCCAUUUUUGCUCUCUGCUCCCUCAUUGCUGCUCGGGGCGGCUUUGCAGGUGCCGGGGCUGUUCAGGCCGACAUAAGUGCUUGUCUGAACAAGGCUGGCGUUUUCGUCUCGGUUCCUACCACGUCCUCAUGGGUAUUGGACACUGAAGCGUGGAAUUCGCGUGUAAGCCCAAAGCCUUCCGGUGUCGUCUUCCCCAAGACGGAGGAGCAGGUUACGGCUGCUCUGAAGUGCGCUGCUAGCGCUGGCGUCAAGGUGACGACGCUUGGCGGUAACCGUUCGUUCUCGAGCCUGGGCUUCGGUCGUAACGACGGUGCUCUGGUCAUGAACCUAAAGCACAUGAAGAACCUCAAGUACGACGAGUCGACCCAGCUGCUGUCGUUUGGGGGGCCCGUCAUGAUCUCGGAGGCGGUCAACUAUUUGUGGAAAAAGUACGGCCGCACCCUUCCCCAUGGUCGCUGCCCGGAUGUUGGCAUGACCGGUGUGGUCAUUUCUGGUUUUGGUACCCUCUCGCGUGAGUGUGGUACUAUGCUAGACAACCUCCGGUCUAUUCGCGUGGCGCUAGCCGAUGGUUCCAUUGUGGACGCAGACGCCAACCAGAACUCGGACCUGUUCUGGGGUGUACGUGGUGCCACCAGCUCCUUGGGUGUCGUGCUGGUUUUCAAAAUCAAGACCUUUGCGCCACCUUCUCAGCGUGUGACGGAUUACACCAUCGGUUUUAAAUCGGACAUCAAGCCGACUCAGCAGGACAACGUCGAUGCUCUUAUUGGCAUGCAGAAUUGGGCUAUGAGCAAUGACAACAACGACCUACUUUCAAUCCGUUACAACCUGAGGACUAAUUCCACUUUGCAGGGCUUCUAUUACGGCUCUGGUGCGAAUGCCAAGCUGGUGCUAGGAUCGCUGAUGAAGAAACUGCCUGCAUCGAUGGCCUUAAUUUCAAAUGAGGAAGACUUCUAUGCUUCGGAGAACAUCUCAACCCCCGGAAUUGUGGAGCAGACGCUUACACCCCGCCGCUAUUUCUACAUCACAUCGGUGACGAUUCCCGAAGAUACCCCUCUCACUAACGCCACGGCCUGGUCGUUAUUCGCCAAUUCCGCCUAUGCUCCCAAGCUUCCGGACGCCGUUGUCUCCGGUUUCGUAGACAUGUGGGGUGGCAAAUAUACUAAGAGAGUUCGUGCUGACGAUUCAGCUUGGAAGCAUGACAACAACUUGCUCUUGGUCCGAUUGGACAUGCGUUCGUCGGCCUUUGACGUCAAAUUCGCGGAUAGCUCGUUAUCCACAAUGCGCGACCGGUUUUACAAGUUCGUGGAUGAUUACAAGGUUUCGGGCGGUGUGCCUGGUAGCUUUCCAACGUAUCGAGAUGAUAAGUUGACGGUGCCCGAGAUGGCCGAGUAUUUGUAUGGUGGCGGCAACUACCAGAAACUGCAGAAGAUCAAGACCAAGUACGAUUCGAUGGAGAUGUUCAAUACGGACCCUCAGGCCAUUCCUGCUCUGAAGGCCACAAGUUGA